AUGAGCACGAGGAAUGAGCGUAUGGGUGAUAAGGCCCAAAAUGAUCGCAACAAUAAGAUAUUGCAGGCUCUCAUGCAAAGAGCAGACAAUCGUUCAUGUGCUGAUUGCAAGAGAAAGGAUCCUCGAUGGGCUUCAUGGAAUCUCGGAAUAUUCGUAUGUAUUCGCUGCUCGGGUAUUCACAGGUCAUUGGGAACCCAUAUUUCAAAAGUCAAAUCUGCUGAUUUGGAUUCAUGGACUACAGAACAAAUAGAGGCAAGUACCCUCCAUAAUAUGGCUAGAUGGGGAAAUGGCAAGGCCAACAUGUAUUGGGAAGCUCAAAUGCCAGCUGGAAUGACACCACCUGAACAGGCGAUUGAACAAUGGAUUCGUGGAAAAUACGAACGAAAGCAAUACGCAACACCAGGUGGCAUCCCCGAUCCGGACACUUUGCCAUUACCUGAAGGUGUCGCCGAAGCCAAGAUACCAGCUGCUCCAAAGAAAGCAGUUGUACCAGUAGCAGCAUCAACACCCACGACAGCACUCCCUCAGCAACAAUCUACACCAGCCGAUAAUAAUUUAUUUGCUAGCUUCAGCUCUGUCACUACUCAACAACAGCCAGUAACAUCCACAGUAGAUCCUAGAGCAGCGAUCAUGUCCUUAUAUUCCAAUAACAGUCCAACUGCUUCCGUCCCGUCAUUUGCUGCGUUUGGUAACAACAACAAUACUACAGCACAAGCAUCCCUCCCAAAAGGUGCCGAAUUCUUUGGAAUGAAUACAUCAAACCAAUCCAAGUCCCAGUCUAAUGAGUAUGCUAUAUUGGCUGCUAUGGGAGGCUUUGGUGGUAGUGGUACUGCUGCCCUCAACAUGUCAUCAAUCGAUGGAUUGAGUAAUGGUGCCCCCGCCGGCUUGAGCUCCAACAAGGGUACUAUUAUGACUGGAAUGAGUGGACUAAGUGCCAAGUCAAUGCAAACCAUCAACCAAGAUUCAUUUGGAAGUUUGACUUCAGCUGCUCCUGCACCCAUUGGUAAUAUCAGUAAUAACAAUAGUCUAGCAGCCAAUUCAUUUGCCAGUUUGGGCAGCUUUACCACCAUGAGUGGUGUAGCAGGGGUACCAGUCACUCCACAAGGAUCGCAAAUCGGAAGGUCAACAUCAGUAAUUGGAGGAGGGCACUCAACCAUUUAUAAUGGAUUAUCAGGAGCUACGGAAAGGCAAGCCAGCAACUUUGGUGGUAUCUCGGAAUUGAGGGAUUCUGCUAUCUUGCAACCCACUAUUCAGGUUGGAUCAAGUACCUCAGCACCAGUUGCCUCACUCUGGGGAGAAUUCCAGUAG